AUGGGGGCAGAGGACCCGGCUCCCGCGGCCGCUCCUCCCGCGGCGCCGGCGACCACGUCUCCGUCGGCCGCGGAGGAGGAGGAGGCGGGGAAGUCGGGGAAGCGGACGGGGUGGAGGGUGAAGGCGGCGGUGGCGCUCUACGUGCUGGCGCUCUCCGCCUUCUGGCUCGGCCUGCACUGGGACUUCCGCCACAAGGCGCUCAGCAAGGCAGAGGAGGGCCUCGUCUGCAUGUGCGAGGAGCGGGCCAGGAUGCUGCAGGACCAGUUCGCCGUCUCCGUCAACCACGUGCACGCGCUAGCCAUACUCGUCGCAACCUUCAACUACGAGAAGCAGCCGCCGGCGCUAGACCAGGACACCUUCGCGGACUACACGGCCAGGACCUCCUUCGAGCGCCCGCUGCUCAGCGGCGUGGCCUACGCGCAGCGGGUCAAGCACGCCGACAGGGAGGCGUUCGAGCGGCAGCAGGGCUGGAUCAUCAAGACCAUGAAGCACGAGCCGUCGCCGGAGCAGGACGAGUACGCGCCGGUCAUCUACUCGCAGGAGACCAUCUCCUACAUCGAGGGCCUCGACAUGAUGUCCGGCGAGGAGGACCGGGAGAACAUCUUGAGGUCCAGGGAGACCGGGAAGGCCGUCCUCACCAGACCAUUCAGGCUCAUGUCCAACCACCUCGGUGUCGUCUUGACGUUUCCUGUCUACCUCGUGGAUCUUCCUCCCGAUGCCAAGGAGGAGGACCGCGUUGCUGCCACAGCAGGAUACCUUGGAGGCGCUUUCGAUGUGGAGUCACUAGUGGAAAAUCUGUUGAGGCAGCUAGCUGGCAAUCAGGAGUUGGUGGUAAACGUUUAUGAUGUCACAAACCAUUCAGACCCUCUUGUCAUGUAUGGGUCUGAAGUUCCUCUUGGUGCCCCCUCGCCCUCGCACAUAUGCGUGCUGGAUUUCGGUGAUCCGUUCAGAAAGCACCACAUGAUAUGCAGAUACAGAAACAAGCCUUAUGUUCCAUGGAACGCUAUUACUACUCCAUCUGGUCUCUUUGUUAUAUUUAUGCUUAUUGGCUACAUAAUAUAUGCUGCAUGGGCUCGUUAUGAUAGUGUUAAAGAAGAUUUCCGGAAAAUGGAAGCGCUGAAAAAACGUGCGGAAGCCGCUGAUGUUGCUAAAUCUCAGUUCCUUGCAACUGUUUCUCAUGAAAUCAGGACACCCAUGAACGGAGUGCUAGGGAUGCUUGAUAUGCUAUUAGACACAGAGCUAAAGACAACCCAGAGGGAUUUUGCGCAAACUGCUCAAGUCUGUGGAAAGGCAUUAAUAUCCCUAAUUAACGAAGUGCUUGACAGGGCCAAAAUUGAAGCUAACAAAUUAGAGCUCGAGUCUGUACCUUUUCACCUUCGGUCCAUCCUUGAUGAUGUUGUCUCACUAUUUUCUUCGAAGUCAAGAGAGAAGAAGAUUGAGCUGGCUGUAUAUGUCUCUGAAAGAGUUCCUGAAAUCCUCUUGGGUGAUCCUGGAAGGUUUCGACAGAUAAUUACAAACUUAGUGGGGAACUCAAUUAAGUUCACAGAACGGGGACACAUUUUUGUGCAAGUUCACCUAGCGGACCACUCAAAUCUUGCAACCGAAGCAAAGGUUGAACCAGUUGUGAAUGGUACCAAUGGACAUAAUGAUGAGACAACUGCUAUAUCCUCAAGUGUAUCUCACAACACGCUAAGUGGUUUUGAGGCUGCUGACAGCAGAAAUAGCUGGGAAAACUUCAAGUUUUUGCUUUCUCAUGAGACAAAUCAGAUGCCAUAUGGAACUGAUUCUGAGAACGUGACUCUUGUAGUAAGUGUGGAAGAUACAGGGAUAGGUAUACCGCUUCAUGCCCAGUGCCGGGUCUUCGCACCUUUCAUGCAAGCUGAUAGUUCAACAUCUAGAAACUAUGGCGGGACUGGCAUUGGAUUAAGUAUUAGCCAAUGUCUUGUUGAACUAAUGCGUGGUCAGAUAAACUUUGUCAGUCGACCCCAGGUUGGGAGCACAUUCACAUUCACCGCUGUUCUCAAACGGUGUGAGAAAAAUGCUGUUAGUGUCAGUAAGUCUGCUUUGUUGCACCCUCUGCCAUCCAGUUUUAAAGGUCUAUCUUCACUGUUGGUUGAUAAAAGACCAGUAAGAGCAACAGUAACUAAGUAUCAUUUGCAAAGGUUGGGAAUUGCCUGUAAAUCUGUAGCUACCGUUGAACUAGCACUUGGUGUGUUGUCGGGGAGAUAUGGCACUUUGCUAAACAGCAUGCAUAGGAAACAGCCCUCCUUGUUAUUAAUUGAGAGUGACUCAUGGGGCUUAAAGAUGGACAUCCCCUUACAUACUAGAUUUCUGGAAAUGAAACAGAAUGGAUGUGAAUCUGUAUUCCCGCAAGUUAUCCUCCUUGCCUCGGAAGAAUCAGACAAAAUGAAAGCAAAAUAUGCAGUUGAUUAUGUCAUCACAAAGCCUUUGAAAGCAAGCUCACUUGCAGCUUGUAUAUUCCAAGCACUUGGUAUCAAUAUCACUCAGGCAAACAAAGAAAAACAUCAUGGCUCAGAUUCUCUUUACGGGUUGCUUCUUGAAAAGAACAUAUUGGUGGUUGAUGACAACAAGGUAAACCUUAGAGUGGCUGCUGGUACACUCAAGAAAUAUGGGGCAAAGGUGAAAUGCGUGGAGAGUGGCAAGGAUGCUCUUGAGCUUCUGCAAGUCCCGCAUGAGUUUGAUCUUUGUCUAAUGGAUAUUCAGAUGCCAGAGAUGGAUGGGUUUGAGGCAACCCGGCACAUACGGGCAAUUGAAGCAAAGGCACACGAGCAGGCAGACGAUGCCGAUAGUUCAGAAGCAGACAGUAUGGCAAGGAAGGCCAGAUGGCAUCUGCCGGUCUUAGCAAUGACCGCCGAUGUUAUCCAGGCCACUCACGAGGAAUGCACUAAGCAUGGAAUGGAUGGCUAUGUCUCGAAACCCUUUGAGGAGAAGCAGCUCUUCCAGGCCAUGAAGAAAUUCUUGGGACCUAGCACAUCUAGCUGACAACAAUCCACACAUCCCACAUGCGCACGGCUGAAGCUGUGUGCUAAUCUGCUAGGCAACCCGGUGUACAUUGAUUGGCAGGAGCUCUGACCGAACGGGGGCUGCUCUGCUAUGUUUUGUGCAAUCCGCUAGCUGAGGAUGCAUUCCGAUUCCGGUGCUGUCCGUUGGCCGUAGCUUCUCCCUCCGAGGUCUGCGCGACGAUCAAGUUCGUGGCAGGGCGUCGAGGGAUCGAGGUGUACAUGUAUUCUAUCGGCAGGCUCUGUUUUAUCUCGUAAUCUAGGAGAAACAUAUGUCAGAGAGUGAGCGCUGCAUGGGCCUUCGGUGCUGUUGGAGCAGCGUGUUUAACGCAUGCGUUCUUGAGCAUAGCUUGUUGUACAGCUUCGAUGGUUUUUCUGCUCCAGCCCGCUGUUGAGCCCGUGCGGGGACAUGCCUGCUAGUAGGUGUAGUGAGGCUGGGAAAAGAUGAGAUUGAUUUUUUUUUCGCUAUUUUAUGCCGUACUGGAUACCAUCUAGUAUGUGUCGAUUAUGCUGAUGUAAAACUGUAAAUGUCUCGGUUGCAUUUCCACCUGGAUAUGUAUUGGUAAGGAAUUGUGAAUCGAGUAUGGAAAAAGUAUCUCAGAAUGGAACUGUUGAAUCGAA